ACACCGAAAGGAGAAAAACGACGGGAGCGUGAAUGAGCGAAGGGAGAAAGAGAAGAGAGCGGGAGCCGAGCGGAACGUCCCGGCCAUGGCACGGCGGGCCGGGGGCCGCGGGGGGCUCCGCCUGCUGCUGGGGCUGUGGCUGGUGCUGUGCGGGAUGCGGGGCGGCAGCGCCCAGUACCCGCAGUACUCCCGCGGGGCGGGCCGGCCCCUCAGCUGGGGCCCGGUGGCGGCCUGCAGCCCGCGCUGCCUGCACGGCGGGCUGUGCCUCGGCAACGGCACCUGCCUCUGCUCCAAAGGCUACGAGGGCGAGCUCUGCCAGCACGCAACAUGUUAUCCAAAAUGCAAAAAUGGUGGGGAGUGCCUGAGACCUGGAAAAUGCCGAUGUCCACCUGGCUAUGGGGGCAGAUACUGUCAUAAGGUAAGCUGUGAAGGAGGCUGUCAAAAUGGCGGGGAAUGCAUCUCUGUCAAUGGGGUUGUGAAGUGCCUUUGUGCUUCUGGCUGGACAGGAUCAAGGUGCCAGGAAGCAAUUUGCCCUCAAGGUUGCCGGAAUAAUGGAGCUUGUGUGGCUCCUGGGAUUUGUAGCUGUCCAGCUGGAUGGGUCGGUGGAGCAUGUCACUUAGCUGUAUGUAAACUACCUUGUCAACAUGGAGGAAAAUGCAUAGCUCCGAAUGUGUGCAGAUGUCGACUGCCCUACUCUGGUCUACAGUGCACAAAGAAAAGAAAGGAAUGAAACAGCUUCAGCAAAGAUAAGCUGUAAUUUCUUGUAACUCUUCAUGCAGAGAUAAAAUCUGAGGGAAGAGAUAGGGAGGAACUUAAGUGGUAAUUAGUUGAAGUCAGGUAGCUUUUUGUCUUUAGUAUUCUGAGUAAAUUCAUUUCUCUAUGGAAAGAGAAGUAUUGCUGAUAGUAAUAAAGCUGUUAAAAAUAUCCAACUGUGUGUAGUGUAUGAUGCACUCUACUGUAUGUGUAGUAUAUGUUUUUCUGCUGUUCUCACUUUUCUUCGUAAGCAGAGCUAUUAUGUCGUGGUUGAUAGAGCUGAACUUGAAGUAAAACUUACUCUUCAAAUAAAAUACUUCAGAUCGGAUGUGUGCUCUUCUAUUUGAUUAUUUAUUUUUCAGACUGGAUUUGUGGUGUUUUAUUAGCAAUGUGCUUUUUCAAAAAGCACAUGAAACAAAACCUCCUUAAUUCAGACUAUAAGAAGGGGUUGUUAGUGCAAGUAUAACUUACUUUUGUUAAGAUGACACAGUUGAAAAAGAAGCAUGAAGUUUGCUGAUGUUUCAGAAAGAUGCAAACUGCAAGGCGUCUUAUCAAAAUCCUGAUUAUUGAUUUGUGUAUACUUCCCGCCCCUCACCACAGUCAGAUU